AUGGGCUUGGCACUGGCAAGGGCGGCCCAGUGGACAGCUGUGGGACAUGGAACUACAACCCUGGAAAGUACCCCGCUAAAUGAAGCAAUAGUAAAAGAAAUUGUUGUGUUUGUGGAGAGUGUUCUCUCUAAGCAUCCCCAAGCAGCAAGAUUUGUUUUUAUAGAACCGCUUGAAUGGAAAACAGAUUUAGUGCCCUCAGCAUUUGGAUUAGGCUAUGUUACCAGUGAAAAUACAGUCCAGUCAGAAGAAGUGGACAAACAUGGAGAACCUUUACUAUUCCUCUCUAAAUCAAAAAUUAAGGUUAGAAGCUUUGGGCAGCUGUCACGCUUGCUACUUACUGCCAAAGGUACCAAGCUGAAAGAAGCACAAGCCUGCCUUGAAGCUAACAGAGACCCUGUAGCAAAAAUUCUGGGCUUGGAUUAUGGUACAGCAAAAGGAGAGAGCUUUAAUCAAUUAACAAUUCUGGAGAAAAUGACCAUGGGUGUUGGUCCUGAGCAUGAAAUAAAGAUGAAUGUCGCUAUGCUGAUUCAGCAACUGGACACAUACCUACUCAAUCACUCAUUGAAACACAUUGCAUUAGAAAUACAUUUAAAUCCAUCCACUGUUAGGAAUGAUAUAGAGCUACUCAAAAGUUGCUCGGGAAAAGGAAAAGAAACAGUCUUGGAAUCUAUCGAAUAUACCUCAGAGUAUGAAUUUUCAAAUGGCUGCCGAGCCCCACCUUGGAGACAGAUGCUUGGGGAGAUGUGUUAUGUGCUGGUGAAGCCACAUGAUGCUGAGACUUUGUGUAUCACUUGUUGUACAGAAGGAGUCUUUUUAAAUGGUGGCAAAACAGAUGAUGAAAGGGAACUAGAUUAUGAGAGAAAAAGCAAUAUUUAUAAAGACCUUGUCACAUUUUUAAGUGAAAAGUCAGCAACGUUUUCAGAAAAUAUGGCCAAAAAGGAAAAUAAAUUUGAUGAACAACAGAAAAAACAUCUUCAGCAAGAUGAAGCACCUAAGAAAGAACAAACCGUCUCUAAGUUUGACUCCGCAAAGAGUGCACUUGAUCAAAUUAAUUUUGUGAGGAGCCCAAUCAGGAAGAGAUUACAGCCAAGUUUAAAUUGGAGGAGUACUGUUGAUUCAAAAGAUAAAAAUUCAGUAAGAGACGUCCCAGGGGAAACACUUGCAGCAAGACUUGAAAAGACAAGGCCAUCUCUUAUACCUGGACGAGGACCAGUAAUUCGUAAAGUCCUUGAACGGCCUGAGGAUAUUGUUAGUGAGAGUUCCUCAGAGAGUGAGGAAGAUGAAGAACCACCUGACCAUCUUCUGGAAGCAAAUGCUGAUUUGCCAUCAGAAUAUUGGCAAAUUCAGAAGCUGGUGAAAUAUUUAAAGGGAGGAAAUCAGACAGUAACAGUGAUUGCCUUGUGUUCACUGAGGGAUUUCAACUUAGCUCAAGAGACCUGCCAGCUGGCCAUCAGGGAUGUUGGAGGCCUUGAAGUUUUAAUAAAUUUACUGGAUACUGAUGAACUCAAAUGCAAGAUUGGGUCAUUAAAAAUUCUGAAGGAAAUCAGUCACAAUCCUCAAAUCCGACGUAAUAUUGUUGACCUUGGGGGCUUACCAGUUAUGGUUAGCAUACUUGAUUCUCCAAACAAGAGCCUGAAGUGCUUGGCUGCUGAAACAAUUGCUAAUGUUGCGAAGUUUAGACGUGCCCGUCGGGCAGUGAGACAACAUGGAGGUAUCACCAAGCUGGUCGCUCUACUCGACUGUAGACAGAACUCAUCAGAACCAUCUCAACCAUCUCUUUAUGAGGCCACAGACGUGGAUGUGGCUCGCUGUGGCGCACAGGCACUAUGGAGCUGCAGUAAAAGUUAUGCCAAUAAAGAAGCCAUUCGCAAAGCUGGAGGCAUUCCCUUGCUGGCUCAAUUACUGAAGACUUCUCAUGAAGACAUGCUAAUUCCAGUGGUGGGAACACUGCAAGAAUGUGCAUCAGAGGAAAACUACCGCGCUGCAAUCAAAGAAGAACGGAUCAUUGGAAACCUUGUGAAGAACCUGAAUAGUGAGAAUGAGGAGCUUCAGGAGCACUGCGCCAUGGCUAUCUAUCAGUGUGCUGAAGAUGAGGACACCAGGGAGCUGGUGAGGCUGCAUGGAGGACUGAAACCAUUGGCCAGUCUGCUCAGUAAAACGGACAAUAAAGAACGCUUAGCUGCUGUCACGGGGGCCAUAUGGAAAUGCUCCAUCAACAAAGAGAAUGUGACCAAAUUUCAUGAAUACAAAGCCAUUGAAACUUUGGUGGAACUUUUAACUGACCAGCCUGAAGAAGUACUUGUGAAUGUGGCUGGAGCACUAGGCGAGUGCUGCCAGGAAUAUGAAAACUGUGUCCUCGUCCGGAAAUGCGGGGGCAUUCAGCCCCUGGUGAAUCUCCUCGUCGGAAUAAACCAAGCUCUUCUUGUGAAUGUCGCGAAAGCAGUCGGCGCCUGCGCUGUGGAUCCUGAAAGUAUGAUGAUAAUUGACAGAUUAGAUGGAGUUCGGCUCUUGUGGUCAUUGCUUAAAAACCCCCACCCAGACGUGAAGGCCAGCGCGGCAUGGGCCCUCUGUCCCUGCAUUGAAAAUGCUAAGGAUGCUGGAGAAAUGGUCCGUUCCUUUGUUGGUGGUUUGGAACUUGUUGUCAAUUUGCUGAAAUCAGACAAUGAAGAAGUUUUGGCCAGUGUAUGUGCUGCUAUUACCAAUAUAGCAAAAGAUCAAGAAAACUUAGCUGUUAUUACAGAUCAUGGAGUUGUCCCUUUACUGUCAAAACUAGCAAAUACAAAUAAUGAUAAACUGAGGCGUCAUCUAGCGGAAGCGAUCUCCCGUUGCUGUAUGUGGGGCAGAAACAAAGCGGCCUUUGGCGAGCACAAAGCAGUGGCUCCACUCGUGCAUUACCUGAAAUCAAAGGACACAAAUGUACACCGUGCAACAGCUCAGGCCUUGUACCAGCUCUCAGAAGACAUCGAUAACUGUAUCACCAUCCAUGAGAACGGUGCAGUAAAGCUCCUGCUAGACAUGAUUGGGUCCAAUGACCAGGAGCUCCAGGAAGCUGCAGCCGGGUGCAUCUCCAACAUACGCAGGCUGGCCCUUGCCAUAGACAAGGCAAGAUACACUUGA